UCCUUCCUUCACGCCCUUCGUGCGUUCUCUUUUCGAGUCCUUUUUGCGAAGGACUUUUUGCUUCAGGGUCCCAAAACCUGUGUCGUUUAUUGUCCCCAACAGGCAACAGCUUUCUCACUCUUCACAUUCGAAAGGGUUUUUCUCCUUCUGGGUUUUCAAGAUUCUUCCAUAACUUCUCUCUCAUCUCUUACAUUUCCAUGUGUUUUCGGAUAACUACAUCUCAUAAAGGGAAAAAUGAACGGCGCAGAUGCGUCUGAGACCAAAGAUCCAGCCAUCAAGCUCUUCGGAAAGACUAUUCCGGUGCCGGAAUAUCGUAUUCCGGCGAAUUCCGAUGACAAAUCCGAUGUGGGUUUUCAGAUUCCUUUCAAGUCCGAAGCCAUGAACUUGUGCCGUGUAAUACUGAAAACUGAAACCAUGGAUGAUCAUUUGGAAAAGUCUGGACCUCAACGCAACUCUGGUAAGGACAAUGACACGCAAUUAACUGGAGAUGGGAGUGGCACGCAAACCAAUCUUAAGCCAAAGGAGGACCCAGCUGAAACUAGCAGCAGCAUAGAAGAAAAGGAGAGAGUCCUCAAGAAACCAGACAAGAUCCUUGUAUGUCCGCGGUGCAAUAGUUUGGAUACUAAAUUCUGCUACUUCAAUAAUUACAAUGUAAAUCAGCCUAGGCACUUCUGUAAGCACUGCCAUAGGUAUUGGACAGCCGGUGGGACCGUGAGAAACGUUCCUCUGGGCGCUGGAAGGAGAAAGAACAAGCAAUUAGCUUCUCAAUAUCGUCGUGAGUCAUUGGUUUUCAAUGAUUUAGUACCAGUAACCAGGGUCGAAAACCUCUCCACUUUUAACAGUGCAACAGUGCUAAGAUUUGCUGGUGAAGGGCAUUUUCGUGAAUCUGCUGGAGGGAAGAGAAGAGAGGACACUCAAUUAUGUGGCUCUUCCGUUACAGCUUCUGAUAUAGUGUUGGAUGAAAAUCAGAUACCUCAAGAAGUGAAGGAACACGAUAGUCAGACUAAUCCCAUGCAUUGUUAUCCUAUUUCUCCUUGGGUUUUGGUUUCUGCACCUGAUGAUGGUAACGAUAACCCAACCCGGUGGAGCCCAACGCCAAUGCUUGCAGUUCCACCGGGCAUUCCUUUAAAUUUUGUUCCUGCAUCAUAUUGGAGUUGCUUCCCAGCCUGGUCCGCAGGAGCUGGGCAUUCGCUAGCUUUAGGAAGGCAUUCAAGGGAUGGAAAUUCAAUGGAUGAGGAGAAGUCAGAGAAGUGUGUUUUAGUUCCUAAAACGCCUCAAAUCAAGGACCCAGACGAUGAUUCUAAGAGUUCAACUGUGACGACAUUAGGCUUUAACUCAAAAACCAGAAAGAAAAUAAAUUGAGAUGUGGUGUUUUCAGACCUUACAAACCGAGUCAAGAAUGCAAGGGCUAUCCAUUGGACACCACAGAGGUGUUAGAAGCCAAUCCUGCAGCUCUUUCUCGUGCCCAUACAUUCCAAGAGAGCACGUAAAAGAAAGCUUGUGAGAUUUCAGUUGCUUGAGGAAUUCAAGGUUAUACUCUGAUUCGUGGAAGAAAAUUUAUUUGGGAAAAUGACAGUCCAAGACGUGUUUUGAUAAUUAAUACCCGCCAAUGACAUGCUGAGAACAUUUGUUAAUGCUGAAAAUGUCAUUGACGGGUAUUAAUUAUCAAAACACGUCUUUGACCGUCAAUUUCCCAAUUUAUUUCUUGGCAACUCAGCAGCUGCAAUGCAUAUCCACAGGUCAUGGAUUCAUUUGUUUAUGUGUGGCAGUCGAUGUGUAGAUAGAAGAGUGUUGUUAGCGGCCUUUUUCGGGUCACUACGUUUCGAGCUAAUAUAUGCAUUUUUCACUUUCAGCAAAGCACAUGAAUUUUUUAUCAUCAUUCUGUGGACAAAUAUCCUGUUGUAUACACCAUUACACCGAUAUUGCAUCUUGUUGUAUACACUGAUAUUGCUGUAUACACCGAUAUGUUCCGAAAUUCUGAAACUAUGGGGGAAAAGGAAAGUGAAAUGAUUUUCGCAUUC